AGAAAGAGAGCCAGCAGCUCCCCUCUGUGCACUCAGUCGGAGACAGUUACCGCGGAUUGUGCAGACAGAGCAAUCAGUCCAGUACUGAGAGCUCGUUUUAUUUACGGUAAAAAUGUCGGCCAGACCAGGCUACUAUCGGCAGGAGCUGAACAAGACUGUAUGGGAGGUUCCCGAGCGGUACCAGAACCUGACUCCCGUGGGCUCGGGGGCCUACGGUUCGGUAUGCUCAGCAUAUGACGUGCGGCUACGACAGAAGGUGGCGGUGAAGAAGCUGUCUCGGCCUUUCCAGUCCCUUAUCCACAGUAGGCGCUCGUACCGUGAGCUCCGGCUACUCAAGCACAUGAAACAUGAGAAUGUAAUAGGACUACUGGAUGUAUUCUCCCCUGCUGCAUCGCUAGAGGACUUCCAUGAAGUCUACCUGGUAACCAACUUGAUGGGGGCAGACCUGAACAACAUAGUCAAAUUCCAGCGUCUCUCUGAUGAGCAUGUGCAGUUUCUUAUUUACCAGCUGCUCAGAGGCCUCAAGUACAUCCAUUCAGCAGGACUGAUCCACAGAGACCUAAAACCAAGUAACGUGGCAGUGAACGAGGACUGCGAGCUGAGGAUCCUUGACUUUGGAUUGGCCAGACAGACGGAUGAUGAGAUGACGGGGUACGUGGCGACUCGCUGGUAUCGAGCGCCAGAAAUCAUGCUUAAUUGGAUGCACUACAAUCAGACAGUGGAUAUCUGGUCAGUGGGAUGCAUCAUGGGAGAGCUGCUGAAGGGGAAGGUCCUGUUUCCAGGCAACGACUAUAUCGACCAGCUGAAGAGGAUUAUGGAGGUGGUGGGCACCCCGACCCCUGACCUUCUACAGAAGAUCUCUUCUGAACAUGCUCAGAAAUAUAUCCAGUCUCUACCCUUCAUGCCCCAGCAGGACUUAGAGAAGAUGUUCAGAGGAGCCAACCCAAUGGCUGUGAAUCUACUGAAGCGCAUGCUGGUUCUGGACUGUGAUGGGCGUAUCUCUGCCAGUGAAGCUCUCUCCCACCCUUAUUUCUCCCAGUACCACGACCCGGACGACGAACCAGAGGCCCUGCCCUACGACCAGACGCUGGAGAGCAAGGACCGCACACUAGAGGAGUGGAAAGAGCUGGUGUUCGGGGAGAUGAAAGGAAUCAAAGCGCCUGUCAGCGAGACGAGUAGUCUACAGGUGGAACAGUGAAAGACAAACCCCGCCUCCUUCUGCUCGGUCUGUCCCGUCAGCUGAGGAAGGACCGCCGUCUUGUCUCCGUCUGUCUGUCGGCCGGCGUUGGGGAGGCGGGAGGAUCCGGGAGAAAGAGAGAAACAACGCUGUGUCCCCUAGAGGCAUGACACCCCUCCCCUUGCUCACUGUGACUGGCUAUUUGACUGCCUGUCUUGAGUUUUGUAAAAGGGGAGCAGGGAGAGGGGAGGUCUGGUUGAACUGAAAGUGAUGAGAAUACGCACAUUACGAUAAUUACAGGGAGCAUGCUUUGAUAGGUAUAUGUUUACAGUCUGUUGAAGAGAGGUAGGAGAGAGAGACAGACAGAGACAGAGAGAGAAAGUAGCACUAGGGUUUUCAAACCUACCUAAGGGUCCAACUGGUAAAUGGUCAUUGGCUAUAGGUUACUGGAAAUCUUUCGUCAUGAAGACAUUUUAUAAGCAGUCAUAACGGAUGUCAGUUUAAGUCUGCUUAUAACACCUGUUAUGUCAUGGUAAUGACAGUUUUAUGACAUAGGGUUCUAGUGAAUUGUUGUCAAGAAUUUUCCACACAUUUUAUCAUAUUUCUAUUUUAGUUGUAGCAAAUAUCUGUUAUUUCACAGAAACUUACAUAAGAUGGUUCCUCCCUCGAUAUAGACCAAUGAAUGCCCUUUGUUCUGUUACUGCACAACAUCCCCCAACACUCACCAAUAUGCCACUGAAUGACCAAUGACAAAGAUAUACUGUACAUGGACAGGAUUAGUGUCUGUAGGGUUUAAGACUUUGCAUUAUGUACAACUAUUGGCCAGAUUCCCUAAGCAUUUACAACUGUUUUUACAGAAUAACACCGGUGGUAGUGUUUUGUUUACGGAGACAUAACUGCAUUGCUGCAAAUGCUAUGUAGAUAUGUCCCAAUGUACAGGUAACUGCCAACAUAAAGAAUACAUCAACAUAAAGGGUUUUAAUAGGGCCUUGGGCCAACACAAGCCAGAGCAGAUUCAGUGCACCUUGGCAAAGUGUCUGGAACUCUAUUGGUGGGAUGCGACACCGUUCUUCCAUGGGAAAUUCCAUUGUUUGGUGUUUUGUUGAGGGUGGUGGAAAACGCUGUCUCAGGCGCUGCUCCAGAAUCUCCCAUAAGUGUUCAAUUGGGUUGAGAUCUGGUGACUGAGACGGCCAGGGCAUAUGGUUUACAUCGUUUUGAUGCUCAUCAAACCAUUCAGUGACCAUUCGUGCCCUGUCGAUGGGGGCAUUGUCAUCCUGUGGGGACAUAGUCAUGGUGGCCAAAAUAAUGGCCUGCCCAGAAUUUUUAUACAUGACCCUAAACAUGAUGGGAUGUUAAUUGAUUAAUUAACUCAGAAACCAUACCUAUGUGGAAGCACCUGUUUUCAAUAUGCUUUGUAUCUCUUAUUAACUCAAGUGUUUCCAUUAUUUUUGCAGUGACCUGUAUGUAAGCAUGAAUGCAUUUGUUGCUGGUAUCACCCAUUUCAAAUUCCACUUGGCUCCAGUCCAACAGGUUUUACUAGUCCCUGGCUCUGUUGAGAAACCCAAACCUAUAGCUGAAGUUUACAUCUGAACAUUCAACAGAUACUAUUACCCACAGUGACUGGCACAGAUACCAUUACCCACAGUGACUCCCACAGAUACCAUUACCCACAGUGACUCCCACAGAUACCAUUACCCACAGUGACUCCCACAGAUACCAUUACCCACGGUGACUCCCACAGAUACCAUUACCCACGGUGACUCCCACAGAUACCAUUACCCACAGUGACUCCCACAGAUACCAUUACCCACAGUGACUCCCACAGAUACCAUUACCCACAGUGACUCCCACAGAUACCAUUACCCACGGUGACUCCCACAGAUACCAUUACCCACAGUGACUCCCACAGAUACCAUUACCCACAGUGACUCCCACAUAUACCAUUACCCACAGUGACUCCCAGAUGCAUUAUGCAGAUUAAAUUGGAUUUACAAUUAGGUCUGAAUGUUGUCGUUUCAGAGGUCUAAUAUUCAGCAUGUUAUAAAGGGCGUACUGAGGUGAACGAUUUACAGGGGAGUAAAAUAAUUCAAAUUUCAGUAAAAAACAUGUUCUGGAACUGCAACAUAUACUACCCCAAGAACUUCAACAUCAAUCAUAUACACAAUGCCUCAAUUACAGUAGAGAUCAUCCAAAAUACUCUUUCUCGAUUGAUGUUUGACUAUUUACGGUCUUGUAUGUGUCAUGUACAAAUGUUGAUUUUGGAAACUUGGUGGAUUUAAAUAGAACUGCAAAAAAGAUGAAUGUAUACAAAACUGUAUGUUUAAAAAACAAGUGUCUUUUCAUUCUAUGGUGGCAUGAAUUUGAACUGUACAAUUUCUGCCGUAUGCAUUUCCAAUCAAUAACCGAAUGUCAACUCUGUGUCAUAAUGCCAUGACAACUCAUGACAGUUGAUGUCAACCAACUCAACUCUAUUACAACAGUUAUAACACCAUUAUGCAGCAUGAACAAGUAAACAUUUGGUUACACAUAUUCAGAAUAAAUCAAAUCAAUCUAUUUCCUGUCUUGGUAACGUUAUGAAUACGUGCAUCAAUCCAGUCUUGUUUUCUCCCAAAAAUGAUUAAGUCUGUUGUUGUAUGGACAAACUCCUUAAUGUUUCCAAGUAUCACGCAGCAGCCUAUCAGCCGGUAUGCAGCACUAUGUCAGUGGUGAGAAUCUGUCAUGGGCAUAGCAUGUUGUGGCAUUAUGAAAGACCACUUUACUCCAGAGUUACGGCCUACUCAUUCCUCCUCCACAUGGCCAAAGUUCCAUCAAUACUCCCAGCCCACACAAACAGUAGCUUUCCAGUGCUUUAUGGGUUCCAAGUCUGAGUAUAUAUGGCCUUUUCUGUGUGUGUGUGUGUGUGUCAAUUUGCCUUCAAGGUCCAUUCCUGCAUGUUUCCAACAAACAUGCCUGCAGGCAUCAAACUAUGUCAUAAUCUCUCAGGCACAGAACAGAGACAGUAUUAUGAGAGACCAUAAUGACGACGCAUGUAUCCUCUUCUUCCUCGUCCUCAAUAAAAGCUCAAUUCAUCACCA